CUAUUAAAUCUUUUCCGUACCAUGUCAAAUUUCCUUCCAAAUGGAACGCAAAGAUUGUUUUGUUCGUGUCCUGUCAAGGUUCAUAUUUUGUUCACCUUUGAUCGCAUCGGUAAUUCAGGACAUUUCAGGACCUGUAGCAAAAGUUCUCGCUGCAUGUACAAUCUGCGUGUAUCCUGAAGUCUGUGGUGUUAUUCCAAUUUCGAAUUCUUCCGACGAUCAAUGUCCUUCCAAAGUAUUUUAUAAUCGUACCAAAGUAAUCAUUUAUUUAAAUGAAUCUAUAAUUUUUCUUCGUAUACUUCGAACAUCUUUAAUGAAAUCGGUUUUACGCCGAUGUAUGCCAUUUAAUCGUGAAACUGAGGCAUCGGAAGUGUUCCAUAGGUUAUGUAUUUAAAUACCUGAUGAUUAAAGCAAUUUACUAUGAAAGGGAUAAAAGAAGUGGACCUAUACCGUGACACUCCAGUCAGAUAUUUGGGUAAUGAGAAAUAGGCUCACUGUUAUUCAAUUUUUGAUUCACGUUUUCGUUACAUGCUAUGCAAACGAAGUAGGAGAGGCAUUUAGAUCUAUAGUUCCAAAUUCAGUAGUACGGCUUAGUUACGUUAUAGCCAGUGGCUACGUGCUCGCAGACACGAUCAACAGUGGUCUCAAAGCUUAUCGUAAGGAUGUUACUCCAGGAAGAACAAAAAAUGCUUUAAUGGGUAUGACAGACACGUUACUGUGGCAGUCAUUUGCUUCUGUGAUCAUUCCUGGUUUCACGAUUAACAGAAUCUGUGCCACUGUUCAAUUUUUACAAAAAAGAAGCAACAAUGUGGCCUUAAGGAACAAAUGGAUCCCAACUGCAAUUGGUCUAGCUUCUAUACCUCUAAUAAUACGUCCCAUAGACAAUAUGGUAGAAGACGUAAUGAACGUCACUUAUCGAAAGUGGGUAGGAUACCAUCCUAAGCACUCUUGAUUAUGAACAUCCGUUCUGAUGGACAGUAGAUUCAAAUUGACAAAAAAAGACAAAUAUUCUGCCGCUUAAUAUUAUAGGUAUUAUACAUAUAAGGUUAUUAGCAUAAUGCGCCUGAAAGUUAUGCCUAUUUUGUUACAUUAUACUUGUUAAAUAUUUUUAUUUCUGUAUAUUUCGGAACGUAUAUUUUAAAAUAAACUGUUAAAAAAAAAUCGUUGGCGUA